UCGUCCCAGGCAAGUAAGGAAGUACGGACCCCUCUUGAGAGACUUAUUGAUUCCCUCGUCCUCCAUCAUGGCAUUUGCAGCAGAUUGGAAGCUGCAAAUGGACGCUGCCCCUGAGGCAGAGAAAGCGCAGUACCGAUUCUUCUAUGAGAAAGCAUUGAAGAGGGAGGAGGAAGAGAAAGAGAAGGAGAGGGUCGAGACAGUGAAGGCUCAUGAAGCCAUUUUCUGUACCUUGCCUGCCCUAACCGAUGAGGAGGUGGGAGAGAAAACUGUUCCACUCCUUCGGGCUUUGGUAGACAUCCGGGCCGUUGAGGACCAUACUGGCCAACUCGCUAAAGUGUUCGACGAACUCAAAAAGUUGCGAGACGACAUGACCCUGAUGGCGCAGCAGCACCGUGACCAGCUGCAGCAGUUCGCUAAUGUGCAGCCAGCCCAAAGUACCCUUCCGCCUGCUUACCCUGCUUCUAGUGCUGCGUGUCAGUCCGUUCUUGCCCCUCUGAACGUGUCUUCUUCUACUUCUUCAUCUUCUUUGAGUGUGACUAGCCUAUCCGGAUCUGCAGCAGGUCCAGACCCCGCUGCUGGUGCUGCUGCUGCUGCAGCAGCAACUAGUAGUGCAGGGCAUUCUGGAACUGUUGCAGUCUCAAGUUCAGACCCAGCAGCCGCUGGUCCAAGCUGCAGCUUUUCCUAUAUGGAUAGAAAGGCGGCCCAGAUUUCGUCUAAGUAUGACGGAAAGGACGACAUCGAAUCUUGGAUCAGCUCCAUGCGAUCCUACUUUGAUGUGUUGGGGACACUCCCAGUUACUCAGUCGCCGGUCCUAGGGACCAAUGUGGAACCCGCCGUGAAAGGAUUCUUGGAAUUCCAAGUUGUACAAGCAGGCUAUAAAAGGAUAGACCUGAACAAAUGGUUGAAGGCUACGCCGGUAGCCACACUCGAAGAGCUCUUGAUCAAACAGUAUGCUGAUCCACAUGCUGCAGCCAAGGCUGGACUCAAGCUUGACAAGCUCAAGCACAGCAAGUGGACCGACACCAUGCACAGCCUGCAGCAGUAUGUUAGUAAACUCUUUGUUACUCCGGAUCUGGAGAUGACUGCGCAGUCCUGUCUGGAUGUGAUCCCCUCUACUAUAAAAGAUCGCCUAGGGCUCGAACUCAGCGCAUAUACAGAUUGGCUAACCCUCAUGCGGGACUUAGUCAAGCUCAAGGCACAAGACCUCCCGGGUGGAUCAAGUGGCAAAAAGACCACCGGCCGCAAACGGUUUCCGGGCAGCAACCGUUUUGCAGCACACGAUCUGCUUGAGGCUGACGAGGAGACCCUCGUGGAGAAAUCUUCUCUUGAUGACGAUCAAGAGCAAGACUGCGGGGCAUCCUGCUCUUUGUCAGCCCAUGAUGAUGAUCCACCUCCGGAGAUCCCAUCAGAAAUUCGCAACCUUCUCAACCGAUUUCCAAAAGUCUUGGCCGAACCCCAUGGAGUCCCCGUGCGUCCGGUCCGACACAAGAUCGAGUUGAUUGAAGGUAGCACUCCUCCAAAGGGCUGUGUCUAUCGGAUGGGCUCAGGCGAAUUGGAGGAGUUGCGAAGGCAGAUUGAUGAUAUGAUUGGGAAAGGAUGGAUCAAACCAAGUGAAUCUGAGUUUGGUGCACCGGUUCUGUUUGUCCCUAAGAAAGGAGGCAAACUACGGAUGUGUAUUGACUACCGCGGAUUGAAUCGAAUCACAAGAAAGAAUGCAUAUCCUUUGCCACGUAUCGAUGAUUUGCUUGAUGCAGCAGGUGGAUGCAAAGUCUUCAGCAAGAUCGAUCUCAAGUCAGGCUAUCACCAGAUUGAAGUCGAUCCUGCAGACCAGCAUAAAACUGCAUUCAAAACUUGUGAUGGGCUGUACGAGUUUACAGUCAUGCCCUUCGGUCUCACGAAUGCGCCAGCCAGCUUUCAAAGUCUCAUGGAUAAGGUAUUUCGCAAUCAGAUCAACCGAUUUGUUGCUCUAUAUCUGGAUGACAUACUAAUCUUCAGCAAAUCGAUGGAGGAGCACAUGAGACACCUUGAGGAAGUGAUGCAGAUCCUCAAGGACGCGCAGCUCCAUCUCAACUUGGAGAAAUCUGAGUUUGGGAGGGACAGCGUCAUCUACCYUGGACAUCGGUUGUCUGUUGCAGGCCUAGAGCCCGRGGCAACCAAAGUUGAGGUCAUCCRAAAAUGGCCUCAACCCGCGAAUGUCCGCGAGUUACGUUCUUUUCUUGGUCUUGUGUCGUACUACCGUAAGUUUGUGCCCAAAUUCUCUAUCAUCGCCCGUCCGUUGUCUAGACUAACAAGCAAGAAUGUGUCCUACACAUGGGAUGAGGAAUGCACGACAGCCUUCGACGCCUUGAAGGAGGCUUUGGUGAGUCAUCCGGUGCUCCGCAUUGCGGAUCCCAAGCUUACGUUCGUAGUAACUACGGAUGCAAGUUUGUAUGGGAUUGGUGCAGUGCUGCAGCAAGAUGAUGGUGAUGGCCUACUUCCGCUYGAAUACUACACCAAACGCAUGCCCAGUCACAAGUGCAGUCCCCCGAAGACUCUUGUGAGUGAUCGGGAUACCAGGUUCAUAAGUGCAAAUUGGAAGGACUUCACCUCCCAAACCUACGACAUGAAACUCAAGAUGACGUCUGGUCGACACCCCGAAGCCAAUGGACUGGCCAAGGAGAUCAACCAGACCGUGAUCCAACUUCUCAAGGCUCUUAUCGUGCCUCACCAGAACUCUUGGGAUGAGGAGUUGCCGAUUGUGCAGGGGUUGUACAACAACUCCAUCCACUCCUCCACUGGAAUGACGCCUAACCGGCUGCAUCUUGGAUGGAAAAUCCGCAAUCCUCUAUCUUAUCUGUUCCCGGAACAGCCACCUGGCCUAACACCUGGCCAGCCAGGCUACAGCGCUAAGUAUGAUCGUUUGCUCAAAGUUGUUGUCACAGCUAUGGAAAGGCGACGCAGUGCCAUGAUUAAGCACGCAAACAAAAAGCGCCAGCCUGAUCCUUUCACAGUGGGAAGUUAUGUCUGGGUCAAGAUGUCUGAGUUUUCUGAAGAAGUAGGCGCAUCACGGAAACUUCUUCCUCAGUACUACGGCCCCUGGUAGGUGCUGAAUCGAAUAGGUAAUGAUUCCUUCGGUCCUUCUUACACGAUUGAUGUGCCUGCUCAUUUGCGCACAUACCCAGU